AUGGUGAUCCCCAUCCUUUCCAGUGUCCCCAAGGCCAGGACACCGCUGUCCUUUCCGAGCAUUGUCACCGUGUUUGUCACCUUCGCGGCCAAGGAGGGCAGGAAGGGGACGCUGACGGCCGGAGAGUUCAAGGAGCUGGUGAGGCUGCAGCUGCCAAAUUUGAUGAAGGACGUGCCCUCUCUGGAGGAGAAGAUGAGCGAGYUGGACGUGAACAACGACGAGGAGCUGCGUUUUGGGGAGUACUGGCGGCUGAUCGGGGAGCUGGCCCGGGCCAUGCGCAGGGACAAGGCGGCCCAAAAGUGACGGCACCCGGCCCAAACGGGGCGAAUAAAAGAGAUUUCCCCGAGCCGGAGCGUGGCUGCUGUUCUUGGGGGGCUCCUGAUUUGGGGUGUCCUGAUUUGGGGUCUCCUCUCCCGGGGAGGCCGCGCUGAAGAGCCGGGAUGGCGAUUUGGGGUGAUGGAGAGGGAUGGAGYCGUUCCCAAAUUGCCCGUUUGGCUUUUGGGGUGCCCCACAAACACCUUCCUGC